AGCAUCUGAUGGUAACAGAUCCAUUCAAUACCACACUUACCCAGUUCAAGUAACUGCCACUAGUACCUUGUAGUUUUGGUUCACUCUUUCUUUUCCCCAGAAGCUGUUCAUAUCGUUUGUUUCUUUUCUCCCGAAAAGCUCACCUCUGUUGAAUUGCUCAUUCUGUUUUGCUUUUAUGCUUUUUGUAUCUUUCUUCAAUUAUUUCUGUUUCCCUUCCUCUGUUCCGGCGGAUCCUUUCUUUUCCUGCUUGGAUUUGAAUAUCCUCCCAGAGUAAUAAUCAUAAUCACAGCGUGUUCAACCAUCGUUCCAUCCGCCUACAAGUCAUUCUCCAGAUACAAUCGCUACACUUCUCUUCACGCCACUCUCGCUUCACAGCUCGCCAGCUGUUCAUCUCGUAUUUAUUGCGCCAAAGUUCCGCAGAAGAUCAACGAGCUGCGUGCCGUUUGAGAAUUCGUUUGCCAUCUUGACAAGCAAUGUGCCUAUCGUUUCUCUAUUGAUAAGACAUAUUCUCCAUUCCAGGGCGUUGCCACAUUCCAAGCCAUCCAACAUCUAAAUCAGCAUAACUGAACGGCCCUAUCCAGUUCGAGACCACGCCGGACAAGAUCGCUUUCUGGAAUUUUUCUUUUUCCCUCCGUUUCUCCUUCACCGGGAUCCUUACCGAUCUUUCGUAAGACGCCCAUACCGACUGCUACGAUCGUGACCAGUGCUUAAGAACCCCCAGCUUCAAGGCGUCGAGCCAUUGAUAAUAUGGUUGGGCCUUCGCCAGCUGGGACAGUUCCGUCCCAUGCGCAGUCGUCGUUGCCCUCGUUACCGGCUCAUCUGCAAUCAGACACACAUUUGACUGCUCAUUUAGCCAGCCGAUUCCAUGUCGGCUUACCUACAGCUCGUCUGUCUUCUCAGGCUUUGAUCAGUCUCAACACAUACACUUCAUCUUCAAAGGGGCCUGAUGGCGGCAAGGAGGGCAGUGCCAUGGGCGAGGCGGAAGACCUCGCCCGCCGUGCCUUUACUCGCCUGGGUGCCCGUGGAGAGAAUCAGGCCAUUGUUUUUCUCGGAGAGAGCGGGGCUGGAAAAACUACCAUUCGAGCGCAUGUGUUGUCGUCGUUUCUCUCGUUCUCAUCCACACCCUUGUCGUCCAAACUGUCGUACGCCUCCUUUAUCUUUGAUACAUUGACAACGACCAAGUCUUUGACUACGCCCACGGCAUCGAAGGCGGGACUUUUCUUGGAACUACAAUAUGACGGCUCGUCGUCGGUCAACCCAACGCUGAUCGGUGGUAAAAUCAUCGACCACAGACUCGAACGCAGUCGUAUUGCGUCAGUCCCCACAGGUGAAAGAAGCUUCCAUGUCCUUUACUAUCUCUUAGCUGGGACAAGUGCGGCAGAAAAGAGUCACUUGGGCUUUGAUAACUCUAUCCAUGUUUCGACGAGUGCCGGCAAGCUUUCGUCCGCAUCGAUAGGUCACAAGAGGUGGAGAUAUCUGGGCCAUCCAACUCAGCUCAAGGUAGGCAUCAACGAUGCGGAGGGCUUUCAACAUUUCAAGACAGCACUCAGGAAGCUCGAGUUCCCACGCAGUGAGAUAGCCGAGAUUUGCCAAAUUCUUGCUGCUAUCCUUCAUAUCGGCCAACUAGACUUUUCCAGCGGACAAGCUACUUUGACAUCAGCAGAGGAGUCUGGCGGCUAUUCACAUGAGGGUGGGGAGACUGUCACGGUAGUGAAGAAUAAGGAUGUCCUGUCAAGCGUCGCCGCGUUCUUGGGACUUGGGGUUGAUGAGCUUGAGAAUAGUUUUAGUUACCGGACUAAGACCAUCCACCGGGAGCGCGUCACGGUGAUGCUGGACCCAAAGGGUGCCCGACAAAACGCUGAUGAACUUGCGCGCACUAUUUACUCCUUACUAGUGGCUUAUAUUCUCGAGACUGUCAAUCAGAGAAUAUGCGCUGCCGAGGAUAGUGUUGCCAACACCGUGUCUAUUGUUGAUUUCCCUGGUUUCUCCCAGGCAUGCUCAACUGGAUCCACACUGGAUCAACUUCUUAGCAAUGCAGCCACCGAAUCGUUGUACAAUUUCUGCCUGCAGUCCUUCUUCGACCGCAAGGCUGAUAUGUUAGAGCGCGAAGAAGUUGUAGUUCCCGCGACGAGCUACUUUGACAACACCGAUGCUGUCCGUGGGCUGUUGAAACAUGGUAACGGGCUUCUCAGUAUCCUCGAUGAUCAAACUAGGCGCGGUAGAACGGAAGCUCAAUUUGCCGAAUCGUUGAAGAAACGGUUCGAAAACAAAAACCCGGCUAUUGCUGUCGGAACCUCAGGGUCUACCCACGGAACUGGAUAUGUCUCGCAGCAAGCCCGCUCGGCAUUUACUGUGAAGCAUUUCGCUGGCGAAGUUGAUUACUCCAUCUCCGGUCUACUUGAGGAAAAUGGGGAAGUUAUCUCCGGUGAUCUGAUGAACUUGAUGAAGUCCACCAGAAGCGACUUCGUGAGAGAGCUCUUCGGACAAGAAGCACUACAGACAGUGACACACCCAAAGGAGAAGACCGCUAUUAUGCAAGCUCAGGUAAGCUCAAAGCCCUUGAGAAUGCCUAGCAUGGCAAGGCGGAAAACCAGCCCAGCGUCUCGUCUUACUUUCGAUGCACCCACGGCGGACGAACCCGAAGACUAUGAGAGCUAUGGGGGCAGCACAGCCAAGAGCUCUGGAAGGCGAAAGAGUGCGAUGUCCAUGACUGGCAUCCAGGGUGCUGCCGGACAAUUCCUUUCCUCGCUGGAAAUCGUCAAUAAAUGCCUCAGCUCCCCUACUUUGAAUCCCUACUUCGUCUUUUGUUUGAAGCCAAAUGACCGGCGAAUUGCGAAUCAAUUUGACAGCAAGUGUGUGCGAGCUCAGGUGCAAACAUUUGGCAUCGCCGAGAUCAGCCAACGCCUAAGGAACGCGGACUUCAGCGUUUUCCUUCCAUUUGAGGAAUUCCUUGGUUUAGCUGAGAUAGGCAACGUCGUGGUGGGGAGCGAUAAAGAAAAGUCAGAGGUUGUGCUAGAUGAGAAGCGAUGGCCGGGUAAUGAAGCCCGUGUUGGCAGCACAGGUGUUUUCUUGAGUGAACGCUGCUGGGCAGACCUCGCAAAGGUAGGCGAGCGUGUCAUUCCUGUCUACCACGCCGACGGCUCGGAAGAUAGUGAUGGCCUCCUUCACCCGCGUGCCGCUGCGUAUGGGGAUUCCAAAGUUCGCCUUCUCAACCCGGCAGAUCAGUCUCCCGGCAACUUCAUAUACGGCGAUGAAAACAAGCAAGGGUACUUCGGAAGUCGUGAUCUUGAUGGGCGAUCUGAUACCGGUGGCUCUGGUCUGAACUCGGGCGAUAUGUUCCACAACCUCGAGACAAGAGAGCAGAUGUUGGAGAAAGGCAAUGAGAAAAAAAUGGAAGAGGUGGACGAAGUACCUGUUUCGAGUAGUCGCAAACGCUGGAUGGCAAUCGUCUGGUUGCUCACAUUCUACAUUCCAGACUUCGCCAUCAGGCUAGUUGGUCGGAUGAAACGAAAGGACGUACGAACUGCUUGGCGUGAGAAAUUCGCGAUCAACUUGAUUAUUUGGUUCAGUUGUGCCGUCGCCAUUUUCAUGAUCGUCGCCUUCCCCGGUUUGGUAUGUCCGACACAGCAUGUGUAUUCAGCCGCGGAAUUGUCUUCUCAUAACGGCAAAGACGGCCAUAACUCUUACAUUGCCGUUCGCGGUGUGGUUUUUGACCUUGAUAAAUUCAUGCCCCGACAUUAUCCCGAUAUUGUGCCGCAAUCAUCUUUGAAGAAAUAUGCCGGCAUUGAUGCUACCGGUCUCUUCCCUGUACAGGUGUCAGCAUUAUGCCAAGGUAAGGAUGGGUCGAUCGAUCCCACUGUUCUUCUGGAUUACACUCCUACGAACAUCUCCGGAUCGGCGACGACCAUAAGCUCAGGAGACAUCAACGCAAAAUACCAUGAUUUCCGAUACUACACCAACGACUCCCGUCCAGACUGGUUUGCAGAGCAGAUGAAACAACUGAGGGCAACCUAUCUGAAAGGAUACAUGGGUUAUACUCCACAAUACAUCUCCACAUUGGGCAAAAAAUCCCAGAACAUUGGAAGCAUAGACGGAAAGGUCUACGAUUUGACAACAUAUAUAAGUGGAGGUCGACGGGUCGCAGCUCCUCCUGGAAAAGAGGUCCCGGCUAAUGUCGACCGGGAGUUUAUGGAUCCUUUGGUGGUGUCGCUCUUCCAAGAUCUUCCCGGGCAGGACCUGAGUAAACACUGGGAACAGCUGCAGAUAGAUGCAAGCAUGCGUGAUCGGAUGCAGAUGUGUCUCGAUAACCUUUUCUUCGUCGGCAAAGUCGAUACGCGGAAUUCAGCCCAAUGCCAAUUUGCGCGUUACUUCAUCCUUGCAAUCUCAAUCUUGAUUUGCUCGGUUGUCAUCUUCAAGUUUGCUGCCGCUUUACAAUUCGGCAAGAAAAACGUCCCUGAAAAUCUUGAUAAAUUCAUUAUUUGUCAAGUACCGGCUUACACUGAAGAUGAGGAGUCCCUUCGUCGUGCAAUGGAUUCUAUGGCCCGCAUGCAGUAUGACGACAAGCGUAAACUCCUUGUUGUCAUCUGUGAUGGCAUGAUUAUUGGACAAGGAAACGAUCGACCUACUCCACGGAUAGUAUUGGAUAUUCUGGGCGUUCCAGAAUCAGUGGAUCCAGAGCCCCUCAGCUUUGAGAGUUUGGGCGAAGGCAUGAAGCAGCACAACAUGGGUAAAAUCUAUUCUGGUCUAUAUGAGGUGCAGGGACAUAUCGUUCCUUUCCUUGUUGUCGUUAAAGUCGGAAAACCUUCUGAAGUCUCACGACCUGGUAACCGUGGAAAACGUGACUCUCAGAUGGUGCUCAUGCGCUUCUUGAACCGCGUCCAUUACAAUCUUCCCAUGAGUCCUAUGGAACUGGAAAUGUACCACCAAAUUCGUAACAUUAUUGGCGUCAAUCCUACGUUCUAUGAGUUCAUUCUGCAAGUCGACGCUGAUACGGUGGUUGCGCCCGAUUCAGGAACUCGAUUCGUUGCUUCUUGCUUAGCCGACACGCGCAUUAUAGGUAUCUGUGGCGAAACAGGCUUAACAAAUGCUAAGCAUUCAGCGGUGACAAUGAUUCAAGUUUACGAGUACUUCAUCUCCCACAAUCUGAUCAAGGCUUUCGAAAGUCUUUUCGGGUCAGUCACAUGCUUGCCGGGCUGCUUCACCAUGUACCGUAUUCGCUCUGCAGAAACCGCAAAACCGCUUUUCGUUAGCAAGGAGGUCGUGGAAGCCUACUCGGAAAUUCGUGUUGACACACUCCAUAUGAAGAACCUGCUACACCUGGGUGAGGAUCGGUAUUUGACAACCCUUCUCCUCAAGCAUCAUCCUACUUUUAAGACGAAAUUCCUUUUUGCAGCUAAGGCUUGGACAAUCGCACCUGAAAGCUUCGCAGUCUUCUUGUCGCAACGUCGUAGAUGGAUCAACUCAACCGUUCACAAUUUGAUUGAACUGAUCCCUCUUCAGCAACUCUGUGGUUUCUGUUGCUUUAGUAUGAGAUUCAUUGUCUUCGUUGACCUUCUCAGUACCUGCAUCCAACCUGUCUCGCUCGCCUAUAUCAUCUACCUGAUUGUCUGGCUUGCCAGAGAUUCAUCCACCAUUCCAUGGACGUCUUUUGUUCUCAUCGCAGCGAUCUAUGGUCUUCAGGCCCUCAUCUUCAUCUUCCGUCGCAAGUGGGAAAUGAUUGGCUGGAUGAUUGUGUACCUCCUGGCCAUGCCUAUUUUCUCCGUGGCCCUGCCCCUCUACUCGUUCUGGCAUAUGGAUGACUUUUCUUGGGGAAACACUCGUGUUAUCACUGGAGAACAGGGCCGCAAAGUCGUCAUUUCAGAUGAAGGAAAAUUUGACCCGGCGUCUAUACCGAAGAAGAGAUGGGAGGAGUAUCAAGCGGAGCUCUGGGAGGCCCAGACGUCACGAGACGAUCGUUCAGAAGUUUCUGGCUUCUCCUAUGGUACUAAGUCGUAUCACCCUGCGCAGUCCGAAUACGGGUUCCCUGGAGCUAGACCAGUGUCUCAGUUCGAUCUCCCUCGCUAUGGGUCCAGGAUGUCUCUGGCUCCUUCCGAGAUGAUGAGCCGCCAUAUGGAUAUGGAGAUGGAGGAUCUAUCACAUCUACCUAGCGACGAUGCCAUUCUCGCGGAAAUCCGUGAGAUCCUGCGGUCAGCCGAUCUAAUGACCGUGACGAAGAAGAGUAUCAAACAAGAGCUGGAGAGACGUUUUGGUGUGAAUCUCGAUGCCAAGCGUCCAUAUAUCAACUCAGGUAAGAAGUAUUCCCCACUAAGAUAUUACAACAGAAUCAUACUAACUGUUUGUGAUCCUUGUAGCCACGGAGGCUAUUCUGUCGGGUGCGCUCUAAUCUGAGAGUCAAGCUCGAUGUGUGUAUCGCAUGGAAGACCGUUACCUUUUUCGCGGUGUAAAAAAAACCUUUACCUGAUUUA